AAAAAAUAGAAAAUAUAUUUAUCAUACUUACUCAUUGAUAAAAAAAAAUAUAAAAUGAGUAAGUUUACGUGAUAUUUCAAUAUCUCAUACAAGUGUGGGUGUAGAUAACUUGUAGAAAAAUCAGCAAUACGUUGAGAGAGAAUGAAAAAUAGUUCAAGGAAAUAUACGAAUAAAAAUUACCAACAUGUACACAUUUUGCAGAGUGAAUGAAGAAACAUCAGAUUGUGCCGAAGCAAUCUCCCACUUGUUAAAACUUUAAAAGAACCAAGUGAGAAAUUCAUUUGAUACAAACACACAAGCAUUAAUACUUGGCUUUCACACACGAGUUUCCAAUCGUUGAUCAAGUCACUUGAGUUUUUCAGAUUGACUUAGUUAUUAUUAUCAGCAAGUCUUUCAAUGAAAAGAUAAAAAAAAUAUCAAGGUGUUGUACUAAAUAAACAGUGUAAAAUUAUACUUCACCAUUUGGAUUUAUUGCUAAAAAAAAAAACAGUAAUUAUAUCCAAAAAUUAAUUAUUUAUUUGGAGGAUUUUUUGUUGUUAAAAUGGAAAAAAUUAAUAAGAAGCUAAUUGUUGAUAAUGAUGGUGAUAAAGAUGAACAAGAAACAGCUCUCAGAUUCAGUGAUGGUUCAGUUAGACUUAGAAAUAGAAAAAUUGAAGCUAUGGAUCAAGAUAUACUUUAUCAUUUGUCACUUGGUAGUGGUUCUCAUGAUCUUGUAAAAAUGUUUGGUGAUGUCAAGUUUGUUUGCAUGGGAGGUACAUCGAAACGAAUGGAACUAUUUGCAAAUUACAUAAUGAAAGAAAUUAAUUAUGAAUUACCAUGUGGAACAACAUUACUCGAUAUAAGUCAAAAUUCAUAUAGAUAUUCAAUGUAUAAAGUUGGUCCGGUCUUAUCAGUCAGUCAUGGAAUGGGAAUUUCUUCACUCAGUAUUCUUCUGCAUGAAAUAAUAAAACUUAUGUAUCAUGCUAAAAUACGUAAUCCAGUAUUUAUUAGAAUUGGUACUUGUGGAGGAAUUGGUUAUGAAGGUGGUACUGUUGUCGUAACAAAUGGUGCAUUGAAUGGAAUUUUAGAGCCUUACCAUGAAGAGCCAAUUAUUGGUAAAAUGGUUAAACGACCUGCUAUACUUGAUGAAAAAUUGGCAGAAGAAUUACAUUCAUUGGCAAGCCCUGAUGAUUGUUAUAAAACAAUUGUUGGAAAAACAAUGUGUACAUCUGAUUUUUAUGAAGGCCAAGGACGCCUUGAUGGUGCAUUUUGUGAUUACAAUGAAGAGGAUAAAAUUAAAUUUCUUUUAAAACUUCAAAAAGCUGGUGUUGUUAAUAUUGAAAUGGAAGCAACAACAUUUGCAGCUUUAACUCAUUAUGCUGGUAUAAAAGCUGCAAUUGUAUGUGUAACUUUUUUGGAUAGAUUAAAAGGAGAUCAGGUGGUUCCAUCAAAAGAACAACUCACUGAAUGGCAAAAUCGACCUCAAAAACUUGUAUCGAAAUACAUCACUAAAUGUCUAUCGAAAAAAUAGAAAUGUUAUUUUAUUUUUUUAAUUAUAUUUGUAAUAAUUUAAUACUUAUUUUUCAAUACAAUAAAAUCUACAUGUUAUUCGCAAAAUAAA